GACCAGAGAAGCAAGCGCCACGUCACCAUUUAGGCCAGAGAAGCGAGAGUAGAAUGAGAUGGAAAUGAAAGCAGAGGCAGAGCAGAGAGAAUCAAAUACUUUCGGUCUCAUGGUUCACGCCUCAUGCUUCUCUGCUUGGCCCAUACACAAAAUCGAAGUUUGAAGAGAGAGAGAGAGGAACCAGAGAGCGAGAGAGAGAUAUGAAGAAAGACAAGGGCGUGGCAGUGUUUUGCCAUGACGACGAUGAAGACGACAACGACAACGAUAACGAUAACCACGGCCACAAGAAAGACAAUACCUCCUUUCCCUCCGUUAGAUUCUCUUCUCGUAAUGCUUCUUCCAAAUACGACUUCGUCAAGGUGAAGGUGUGGUUGGGUGAUAAUGCGGAUCACUACUACGUGCUUUCCAGGUUUUUGCUCAGUAGAAUGUUGACUGUUACUAAGAUCCCAAAUCAUGUGGCAAUAAAAAUCGCACUCGAGCUUAAGAAGCUGCUUAUAGACAACAGCCUUCUAGAUGUCUCUCAGUCUGAUUUGGAAGCUAAUCUGUUUAAGCUUAUGGAGCGUAGGGGUUAUGGAGAAGAGUACAUAAAUCGUUACAAGAUGAUGACCAGGUUUCACCAUCAGAGAGUGCCACUAGUCAUUCUUGUUUGUGGAACUGCCUGUGUUGGGAAGUCCACUAUUGCUACCCAACUUGCACAGAGGCUAAAUUUGCCAAACGUCUUGCAGACAGAUAUGGUAUAUGAAUUGCUGCGCACAUCAACAGAUGCCCCGUUGGCAUCAACUCCAGUAUGGGCGCGGGACUUCAGCUCCUCUGAGGAGUUAAUUACUGAAUUUUGCCGUGAAUGCAGAAUUGUUCGUAAAGGUUUGGCUGGUGAUCUGAAGAAAGCAAUGAAAGAUGGAAAACCGAUAAUAAUAGAGGGUAUACAUUUGGAUCCAAGCAUAUAUCUUAUGGAUGAUGAAAGCAAAUUAACAUCUAACAUGCAAGAAAAAGAUAAGCAGACAAGUUCAGUAUCUGUUGCAUCAAAUGAUACUAAAACACAAGUGGACAAUAACAUUUCAAGUGUUUCUAGAAGUCAUAAUGAAGUUAGUAAGUGUGAGCAGCAUAUUCAUUCACAAAAAGAAUUUUCAGCCAAUGAGGUGAAUAAAGUCUCUGAUCAUCUGGAAGCUAUUGAUAUAGCAGGAAAUGCUCAAGAGAAUAAAGAUGGCACUUCUAAAGAUCCAGUAACGAAUAAAAAUUCCCCUGUAAAGAAAGAGAAGUCUGGUGCUGAAGCUAUAAUUGUACCUUUAGUUCUGAAGAUGGCUGAAUUUGACCAUACGGCAUUACUUGAGGAGUGGGUCUCAACUCGUACAUUUAGGGAUACAAGUCUAGUCCAGGAUAAAGAUAAAUUAGUAGCCAAUUUGAAAACCAUUCAGGACUAUCUGUGCUCAUUUAAAUCACAGGGUUUGUCAGUGGUCAAUGUAUCAGCAACUACAUUUCCACAAACUUUGGAUUGGUUGCAUGGUCAUCUUUUGCAGAGUAUUGAACAAGGUAUUACAUCAUCAUCCAAGGAAAAUGGGAGGCAGAUUGGAGCUAAUUAAGUUGAAUACAGAUGCUAGCUCAAGGCAGAGGUACCCCCAUAUGAAUAGAACUACUGUCCACACAAAGGUGAAUAUAAAUAAGUCUGAGGGUACUGAAAAAGCAGCCUGCGUAGUCAACUGGAUGCCUAAACCUAAUAUUAGAAGAGAAGAAAGAAAAGAGAGAUGGGGAACCAUAUCAUCAACGGCAUUGCAGUAACCUAUUGUAAGAUUUAAGAUAUAUAGCACUUGUAAAAUUUCUGAAUAAUGUGAAAUUAUUGGUCGCUGACCAGUUUCAAGGAUCCGGUAUUACUUUAUUAGUGCUUUAUAGAAACUAAGUUGUGACACAAAAGAAGAUUUAGAUAAAUUGUUGUUUUUUUUUUUGUAAGAGAACCUUCACACACAUACGAAUAUAUUUGUUAAUUUUUUUUUGGUCA